CGACGCCGCGCCGCACGUGUGUCCGUGCCUUUAUGUUUAUGUUAAUGUGAACGGGGCUUAAGUGUUUGUGCUAUAAGGAUUUGCGUAUAAGCUGGUAACGCAGACGUCGCCAGAUUAGAUAAGAUAACCGAAGAUGUACUCAGUAGGACCGCCGAGACAGUCUUUGUGGAGGCACGAACUGAAAUCAUGAAUGUCUAAAUAAAUUUACUCGAAACGGAAAUUCUUUUAAGGGAAAUGAAAUUGAGGAAGACUGUGUAAAUAUUGGUUCGAGAUCUUUUUAAAAACUCCUCGGAAGUAUUGAAAGUAAAAAUAUACUUAAGUGUUCAAACAGUGCGGUCGGAAGUUAUGAAUAAAAUUAAAAAUAAUAAUCGAGUUUUUUAAAGAUCAAUAAGUGAUUCGGGAAAAGGCGAAUGCAAAAAGUGUCCUCAUACAAAAACAAAUAAAAGUAACCCAAUCAAAACUUUUGGCAAAAGAUGGAGGGCUAAUUUAAUAAAACAAAGCGUAACAAAGUAAGCUAACUAAAAUUUUUAAUGAAGGAAAAUUAAAAACAGUUGAAAUAAAUAAUUAAAGUUAGUGAAAAAGUAAACAGUGACACUCCUAAAAGUUUAAGUGAAUGUGAAAAGAAAAAUAACAAAAAAAUUAAAAGUGACUGCUAAAAAUUCAAACGCAGUAGUGAAUGAAGAAAAUAAUAAUAAUGUCAGUGAAAUUAUAACAGUAGAAAUUACUGUAUCAUUUUAUUAAAUUAAAGUUUCAGUGGUAGGAACAGGCAGUGGUGUGAAAGAUGUCAAUUAAGUGAGUGUGUGGAGUAGCUAUGGGGUGUCAGUUGGGGAAGCUGGCCGCUUCCGAGCGCAGGCCCGCCAACCAGGCCAGCCUUGGAGAUGGGCCUCCACCAGCCACGGACCCGAGGCUGCCGCUGACAGCCAAGCAGAAGUACUCCAUGCUUGCCUCAUGGAAGGGCAUCUCACGGGCGAUGGAGAAGACUGGCAUCUGUAUGUUUAUAAAAUUAUUUGAAGAGAACCAAGAUCUGCUGAACAUGUUCGAAAAGUUCCGCCACUAUCGAACAAAAGAGGAACAGAUCAAUUCGAUGGAACUGGCGGAGCACGCGAACAACGUGAUGAAUACCCUGGACGAAGGGAUCAAGGGGCUGGAUGAUUUGGACAACUUCUUUGAGUACAUACACCAAGUUGGAGCCAGCCAUAGACGGAUACCGGGGUUUAAAGUAGAGUAUUUUUGGAAAAUAGAGACGCCGUUCCUGGCGGCGGUGGAAGCGACGCUCGGCGACAGGUACACGCCGAACGUGGAGAAUAUUUACAAAAUCACCAUAAAAUUCAUCCUGCAGACUCUCGUAGAGGGCUACGAGAAAUCCGCGAAAGCUGGCGCGAACGCAAACACUACGUGAGCGGGAUUUUACAGAAACACGAUUUACAAAACUCUCCGUGAGCGGCUUUUUACACAGAAAUGUGUAUUCGAUUUGCGAUUUGAAUCUGACGGAAUCUCGAUUGCCGGUUACCAUUUCCGUAUCACAGGAAUAUGUUGAGACAUUGCAUAUUUUCGGAAUGUUUGUUCUUAUCUAAUUUGUGUUACAAAAAUGUUGGAACAUAUUUUUGUAAUUCCAAUUAGGGCAUUCCACGUCUUAUAUCAGAAACAUUAAACGUUUCGUGCGAGUGAAUUUUUUAAAUAUUUUGUGCAAAACCUUUACAAAAAUAUGUUGAAACAUAUUUUUGGAAUAUUCGUUCGUAUCUAAGGCUCAACGCAUACCUGUAGGGCGGAGUGGAACUAAUUCACAGCGUACCUUCUUUUUAGUGGCGCGUCAAACUAGGCUUUAUUUACUUUGACAUGGUGAUGGAGACCACUACUGGUGGUGGAAAAUUUGCGCCAUUUUUUUCAUAAUACCAAUUGCAACCGUAUUUCAAAGUAAACAGAGUUGAGUUUAAGGUGUAGUAAAAAGUGAAGCUGCGUUUCGGCUCCAAUGCACUCUAUACGUAUGCGUUGCACUAAAAUGAUUAGCUCGUGGUUCGACUUUCGGGAUUUGGCAAAUGAUUCGAGUUUCGGAAAACUUUACAAUAAUUCGGCAUUCGCCAAAUCAACUUUCAACUCAACUCAAAAUCAACAAGUCGCGCUAUUCGGAAUUUUGAUGAAUUUUUAAA